UACUUUGUACAAUUCUACUAAGAGCCGGCUUCUCACAUUGUCGAUUUCAUGAAGCUUCUUAUGUGUAUGUUAGCCUUUAAAAUUGUGUGUGUGUGCACACUACCUCCAGAAACGAUACGAAUAAGAUAACAAUCAUUCACGUGAUGUGGUGAUAGUGCUGCUAAUUUGCUUGCACUACUUUGAAGGAGCAUAGAUUGACAUUAAAGUGAACACAGGAUGAUUAACGUGGUUAUUGAUUAAACAACAGAAAUAAUAUUACUAGUUACGAGAUUAAUAAUAACACAGACAGUAAUGGGUACUCUGGAAUUAAAACAAAGUCUCAAAGGUCACAAAGGGAGAGUGUGGAAUGUUUGUUGGUAUCCAAAAGGAAGUGUUUUGGCAUCAUGUGGUGAAGAUAAGACAAUCAGAAUAUGGUCAUUUGACGGGUCAAAAUGGGUUAUGAAAAUGAUCCUUGCUGAAGGACAUACAAGAACUAUUCGUGAAGUUUCAUGGUCACCAUGUGGAAAAUAUAUUGCGUCUGCUAGUUUUGAUGCUACCACAGCAAUAUGGGAAAAGAAAUCAAAAGAAUUUGAAUGCUAUGCUACGUUAGAAGGCCAUGAAAAUGAAGUGAAAAGUGUAGACUGGUCUAGUAACGGCCAAUUGAUUGCAACAUGUAGUAGAGAUAAAUCAGUGUGGAUUUGGGAAUGUAAUAAUGAUGAAUAUGAAUGUGCUGCUGUUAUCAAUGCUCACACUCAAGAUGUUAAAAAGGUUCGAUGGCACCCACAUGAGGAAAUCGUGGCGUCAGCAAGUUACGAUGACACCGUUAAAAUGUUUAAAGAAGACCCAACAGACAACGAUUGGACAUGUUUUGCAACAUUGGCUUCCCACACAUCUACAGUAUGGAGUUUAUCUUUUGAUUCAACAGGAACUCGAUUGGUGACUUGUAGCGAUGAUAGAACGAUUAAAAUCUGGCAAGAAUACAAACCGGAUAACAAUGCUGGGAUCCCUACACCAGAUAAUGUUCCUGUAUGGAAAUGCGUUUGUACUCUUUCUGGAUAUCACACUAGAACUAUCUAUGAUGUUGAUUGGUGCAAAAAAACUGGAUUGAUUGUAACAGCAUGUGGAGAUGAUACUAUCAGAAUUUUUCGUGAGGACAGUGAUUCAGAUAUAAAUCAACCGAGCUUCAGUAUGAUUUGUUCACAUGAAACUGCACAUUCACAAGAUGUUAAUGCAGUUCGGUGGGACCCUGUAAAUAUUGGUCAAUUUGCAUCGGCUGGAGACGAUGGAAAAGUUCACAUUUGGUUUUAUAGUGAUAUGAUCAAGUUAAGUUUCGGGCUUAGUACAAAGUUAAUAGCACCUUUAAAAUAUCAUCGAAGCAUGUCUGGAUCAGGCGUUCCAUUGUCUACUGUAGUCACAGCAUUGAAUGAUUAUGCUAAUCCAUCUCUUGCUGCUGUUUGGGAUAAUGUAGGACUUUUGAUUGAACCAAGUACAAACAAAAAUGUACAUCGUAUUUUACUUACCAAUGAUUUAACAGAGAAAGUUAUGGAUGAAGCUGUAGAUAAUAAAACAGAUUUAAUUAUUUCUUAUCAUCCACCUAUAUUUGCACCAUUGAAAAAAAUUACAACCGCAACUUGGAAGAUUCAAAAAUGUGUUGUUGACGGAAAUUACGAUUCAUGUGCGCCAAUCGAGCCAUGCUCUGUAAAUUCAACUUAUGGAAUGGGAAGAAUUCUUACACUCCGUGAUUCAAUAAAUAUCCAAGAGGCAGUAAAUCUUGUUAAAGCUAAUACGAAUUUAUCGGAUGUCCAAGUAGCUUAUAGAGCGGAUGUCGAAAAACCUAUUCGUACUGUAGCAGUUUGUGCUGGGUCAGGAUCAUCUGUUCUACAAAAAGUUAAAGCUGAUCUUUUCGUAACAGGCGAGAUGUCUCAUCAUGAUGCUCUAAAUGCUAUUCAUAAUGAUACAAACGUUAUUUUAACAAAACAUUCAAACUCAGAACGAGGAUAUUUGAAUGAAUUUGCCAAACUUUUUCAUACCAUUUUAAGAAAACAUUCAACUGAAUCCGUUGAAAUAAAUGUAUCGAAAAUGGACAAAGAUCCUUUGACGACUGUGGUGCUAUCAUCUCCAGGAAGAUUUGGAGAUGAUGACACACCUUUUAAGAAUGAAGAAGUCAGAGAAUGGUCAAGAGUAGAUAGACUGACGGGGAUGUUAGAAAGAGCAAGAAUUGAAACUGGACGGUGGAGAUCAAAUAAUGAUGCAUCUGCACAUUCUUAUGGAAAGGUAACAGAUCAGAGAGAACGUAACUCAGCUGAUGGAAGUGUAAUACAAAAAGCCAAAAGACAAGUAGAAAUCUUUCAAAGUCAAGAACCCGGAAGGUCUGUCCAAGUUGUUAGAGCAUCUCAGUGGUCUUCUUCGAGAGUUACUGAUUAUGCUAUGGAUAAUAAAAUGCCGUUAGAAUGUAAGAUUCUACAAAAAAAUUUUAAUGGGUUGGAUAAAUAUGGAUUAUCAAAAAAAAGUAAUUCAGAUGACGACUUAUCCAGUUUAAUGGAGUCUGACUCAUCAUCCAAACACUCUUUAGCUUUUUUUACCAGAGAUUGCAAGAACAGAAGGUCAUUACAAAUCCCCACCAGCGUAUCUAUUUCAGUACCAAGCGCCAGUGAAACGAAAAAGAAGUUUGCGAACAAAGAACUUUAUUCGACGAUAUCAUCGGCUACUUCAGGAAAUGCAUCAUCAAUAACAAUUGGAAAUGAAUCAAAAUCUAAAUCCUCUGAAUACGGUUCCCUUCGUUUCAAAUCAUCUCCACAAUCUCUACAACCAACGAAUCGUUCUAACGCCGUCACUGUUGUUAAUAUCAUGAAUCCAGAAUCUUUCACUGAAGAUCCAAGAAAUAGAAAAAGUAGUAUUGUAACGUUAAGAUCACCAUUAUCAACAACAGAAGAAAAAUUACCAACUUCUUUUCCAUCUGAUAGUAUUUCUAAAACUACAAAAAAAUCACUUACAAAGACCAAUUCAUCAGGUGAUGAAGGAACAAUUAAUUUACCUAGUCGAGGUAUAAAAAAAGUUGGAUUUUGUAAGACUGAAGUUCAUUUUGCUGCUGAUUCAGGAAAAGUCAAUAUCGUUGAAACCGAUGGUAAACCUCCUCCAACUAAUAAAUUUCGCAAACGACGUAAAAAUCAGAAUUCCACUGGAAAUACAAUAGGAAAUUUUACAAAACCUGUAGAAUUUGGUGUUAAUGGUAAAAUUUCUCCUAGACGUAUGAUUAUUAGAUCAGAUAUAUCUGACAAUAAAACAAAGCCUAUAAACAUAGAUAAUGAUAGUUCUGGUGCUUACUGCGUUGUAGAUUUAGAUUCUAAAAAGUUUUGGAUAAAUCCGGAUGAAAGAGAAGGGAAUCACAAAAUUCAUGCGACAAUGGUAAGCCUUGCUAAGCCCGCAGAUCAACGGAAUGAUAGAGAUAAUGGAGAAUUAAAAAAAUCAAAAGAAUUAGCAUCACCAAAAGUAGUCUCUGAAGUGAUAUCUCGGAGAAAUCUAGAUCAAAAUAAUUACAAUGUUGUAACGAAAGAUGCAGAAAAUAAUCGAGUAAUAUCAACUGCUAUCACAACACAUGAGCCUAUUAUUGCGAGAGUUGAAGAUAAUAUUCCAUUGUUGAAAAAAUCUUUAGAAAAGACUACUUCAUCUUUGCGUAGAAAAUGUGGGCUGAAACGAACAUCAAGUCUUCAGAAAAAAGACUCAAUUGAUAAAAAUUCUAAAAAAAAUAUUAUUACUAAUAGUCACAAUAAUUCAAACAAAGAUCCAGUUUAUGUUAAUGUCUUUAAAGUUAGCAAUAGUCGAUCUCCUGUUUACGAAAAUUAUCAUGCACACAUGCCCGAAUCUAAAUCUACAUUUGAAGAAAUUAUUGAAUUCCCAGAGACUUAUAAUUCAUCACCAGUGUCCUCUGAAGUUCCACAUCUGAAAGAUUCAUUAGAAAAAAAGAGAAAUAAAGUAAAAACUUCGAAUAAAUCUGAUAAAAGAUCUCCAGAGAGUUCAUCACGAUUCUCAACGUGGAGUGGAUCCCUUGGAAAAUCUUCAAAAGGCUCAAUGAAGAUGAAAGACGUUAAGAAUUCAAACAUCAAUGGAGAUCUAAAGGUUCAAAGAAAGUUGAGUCCAAAGCGUGAAUCAAUAUCACAAGAAUCAGAAGAGAUUAAAAAUAGAUCGACGAGAUUGAAGAAACAACCGAUGGAAGUUGUAUAUCGUACAGCUGUGUUUAAUAUGAAAAAUGAGAAAUUGUCUCCUACUAUAAAAAGAAAAGAAACUAAAGUAAGACCACGUUAUAUAAACGAUCUCAUAUGUGGUAGCAAAAACACUCGGCUAAGUAACUCUAAGCACAAAGACCAUUUAACUUCGCAAAAUGCAAACAAACAAAUGUAUCACACUACUACAAGCCACUGGAAGUAAAUGCUCAAAGACGGAAUUUUUAAUUAUUUAAAUCUUGCCAAUAAAUAUUAAUUUACUGCUUGAUUUAAUACUUAUAUAAUAAAAAUAAUAUUAAGGUUUGUCACAUAAAAUCUGAUAAUAAUAAACAUAACUAUUUAUGUAAACUAAUUAAAUAAUAUUUAAGAAUGAAUAAUGAAAAGCCUGAGAAGUAAACUCGUAGGAGUCAAUAAUUAUCAAUAGAUUUACAAGCUAUAUUUCUUCAAGAAAGCCAAUGAUAUGUAAAAAUACAUAUAUUAUCUAUAUACAAUACUUUAUAAUAUAUAAUUAUAAUCGGUGCAGCAACCAAGAUAUACAUAUAUCAUACAUAUAAUAUUUUGCUCAUUUUUACUUCACAUUUAUUUUUAUUCGAUUUGAUCGUUAAUUGAAUAAAAAUGCGUAAGGUUGUUUCAUUUUUUAAUGAACACAACCGAUACCACAAUGAUACAACAGACGUACGUGUAAAGGGUGACGAUAAAUUUAAUAAACAAUGUUUAUAUUUAAA